AUUGUUUCCACACGGACUGUCGUAAUGGGCUGUACGGACGAAAAGUGCUGUUUUGUGUUAUGCGUUGAAGAGUUGGUCUGGACAACUGCUAGUAGUUGGAGUUCUCGUUCCGGCGUCUAGCUGCAGUAAGUUGGAUGUAACCUCAAUCAAGAAAGCCCUUUUCAUGCCUCCCCUCCGUCCGUCCGUGUCCUAAUUGAGCUGACGGGGACAGGAUGUUGGGUGGCGUGCCCCGGGACGUCCUCCUGCGCCCCCUCACUCGCAGCGAGGUGUUGAGUGUAAUGCUGAGGCUGACCGUCUUCGGCGCGGCUACGUACUACAGCAUUAAGUGGGUGGUGGAAACGCUGGACCCAACGCAGAAACAGAAAUCACAAGCCAAGGAAAGGUCGGAGAAGCUGAUGAAACAGAUCGGAGUGGAGAGAGCGAGUCUGAAUGAGUAUGAGACGAACGUUGCCACGCAUCUUGUCGAUCCUCGCAGCAUUAAGGUGACGUGGCGGGACAUUGCAGGACUUGAUGAUGUCAUCACUGAGAUGCAGGACACUGUCAUCCUACCCUUCCAAAAACAGCACCUCUUUCAAGGAUCCAGACUACUCCAGCCUCCCAGAGGUGUGCUGUUAUAUGGCCCACCUGGUUGUGGGAAGACCUUAAUCGCUAAGGCAACAGCCAAAGCCUCAGGGUGUCGGUUCAUCAAUCUUCAGGCAUCCACUUUGACUGACAAGUGGUAUGGUGAAUCACAAAAGCUCACUGCUGCUGUAUUCUCAUUGGCUGUCAAGCUUCAGCCCUGCAUCAUUUUCAUUGAUGAAAUAGACUCAUUUCUGAGGAAUCGAUCCAGUCUGGAUCAUGAGGCCACAGCCAUGAUGAAGGCCCAGUUUAUGAGUCUGUGGGAUGGCCUAGAAACUGGAGCAAACACUCAGGUGAUGGUGAUGGGUGCCACUAACAGACCACAGGAUGUGGACCCAGCCAUACUGAGAAGAAUGCCCACCACUUUUCAUGUGGGGCUGCCUAACACUGCACAGAGGCAGCAGAUUCUACGACUAAUCCUGUCGGGAGAAAACCUGAGUAGGGCGGUUAACCUGAGCGAGCUUGCGGAGCAGACAGAUGGCUACUCAGGCAGCGAUCUGCGAGAACUGUGUCGUGAAGCGGCCAUGUACCGCGUCAGAGACUACGUCCACAUGCAGGACAUGAGGCAAAUCGUACAGCAGCUGCAGCUCGACGACCACGAUGACGAACCAGAGGAAGACGCUCAGCUCCGGCCAGUCUCUCAGGUAGACCUGCUCCUCGGCCUGGAGAAGAUGAGGGAGUCCAAACUGGCCACCGUGGCAGCUAAACUCGGAGAGGAGUCUCUGGACUAAAACACACACACACUUCUCAUCCAAGCCAUCAACAUGACACAGUGGUCUGAUUGUCUUUAGUGUUGUGUGCUAGUCUACCUCUGUCACGCAUGUUUCUUUGUCUGAGAGAAAACCGAGUCUGACCCCCGACAACUUGCAGAACAGGGACAAAGGCUGGAAUCACUGAAUUGGGAAUAAAACAAAUUGGCUUAUUUAAUGAAUAGCUCAAAUGUGAGUGAAUUUAUUCAUUUAGUAAGCGCUAAACUAAAGUCAUUGAGGACUCAAGCCUUACUCCCUUGGUCAGGUUCAGUCAUUAACAGAGCGUUAUACGUUAUACCGAAUGAGGCAGCUGACUCCGCCCCCUCCAAAGCCAAUUAUAACCCUGGUCUCUAUCCUACCCUGUGUGGCCUAAAGCCACUAUGCUUUUAGACUGCUUGAGCUCUGUCUGGUCUGGUCAUGGUGCCUGCUGGGUUCAGGGUAUCUCUCUCUCACGCACGCGCACGCAGGUCUUCCUGGCAAACUGACCACCCGAGGUGAGAAUAGACUCCCAUAUUAAACGUGACACCUACGUAAGGACACAAAACGCUUUCAUAUGCGUAAAGUCAAGAGUAGAGUUACAAUCACUUUAUACGAAUAAAUGAAUCGUCAUUAAGGGUAACAAAAAUACCUCUGACAACUCUCUCGCUCUGCUGGAUUUAUGCAAAGUUUUGUUCCUGCAUACUGUAAUAACUUGCCAAAUUUCAAACAAAAUAUCUGCAUGUACAUCAAGUUGUCUGCCUAUGUUUAAAUGAUGUAAUGGGAAGUGAUUGAAUUGAUUAAGAUUUAUGUCCUUUAUAACAUCUUAACACAGUAGGAGUUUUGUGUAUUGUAUGUUAUAUCAGAUGCACUAAAAAUAUUUGGACUACCAAGUUCUUUGGUCUACUAGCUUAACCGAGGUUGGAGCUGAGAACUGCUUUGGUGAGUAGCUUAAUUUCUGCUGAACUAAAUUUGUUUGUGUAAAAUUGCUAAGGCUAAAAUAGAAUAUAACUCAUGAAGCACUACACAAGGUAACAUUAAUGUAAUUAAUUGUCCUCAAAAAUGUUACUGUAGUAAAAAAAAAGUUAUGUGAAUAUCUUGGUGUGAUUGCAUGUAUAAAUCAAUUAUCUGUUAGACAAAUGUUUACAUUGCCAUAUAGUCUGGCAGUACAAAACAAGGUGAAUAUGAAGUUAUUCUGAACUAUUUAAAAGCACCAUAUUGGUAUUUGUGUUGAAUAUACAUUUCUAAAUUUCCUGAAUAAAAUAAUGCUAAACAUU